CGCAGGAAUGAAAACCCCGAGAUGACGAGCCGUGCAUUGCACCUAACAGCUGUGCAGGAGGAUUGUUGACUGUCUGCGCAGCGGAUCGACGCGUUUUUCCUCCAAGGUUGUGCUUUUGGUUACUUACGGUAAGGUGGACCCGCAGUGUCCACUAAAGGAUCAGGUGAUCCACUAACUACGGAGCGGAGGCUGACGGGGGGAAAUGCAAGAUGACAUAUAGCAAAUGUCGGAGCAUAAUUCAUUCACGUUCUCGCCUCGGAUCCGGACUUGACUCGCACCGCUGGAGCUCCAAUGUGACGAUGGCUCGUUAGGGCUGGCGGCGCCACUGCGAUUUUUGUGGAUAUUUUAAUUUAUGAGAAAUCACAUUCACAGACACAUAUUGGUUUCAACAUGGGGCUGUGCUACAGUUUGCGUCCCCGGCUCUUCGGGGACCUGAGCGGCUCUAUCUCCAACGCCACCUCGGACUCGGACCAGCCUCCGGACGCCGCCGUGCCGACCCGCGCCGGGGGAGCUCGCCCAGAGGACACCGGGGGAUGCGGGGAGACUUCGUCGCUGCGCGCCGGCGGCGGCCCGGUGCGCCCCGGGGACCCUGCCAGGCUCCCGGCCGGGGAGCACCGCCGUGGAGACACCGGUACCGACGGUGUGCUCAUACAAAACGGAGGUGGCGGUGGCGGAGGUGGAGGUGGUGGUAGCGGUGGAGGAGGCGGCGGUAAGGGGACAGGGAAGGACCGCGGCCGCCGCUUGCAGCUGCUGCAAAAGACAAGCGCCCAAAAGCAGAAAAACUGGGACAAAUUGCUGGUGGAGAAGAAGGAGGCCGAGAAGGAGGCGAAGAAAGUCAGUAAGGACAUUGACCGGACGCUGAAGGAGCUGAAGCGGGAGUACAAACAGACCCAUCGGCUGCUGCUGCUCGGUGCGGGAGAGUCCGGAAAAAGCACCAUUGUGAAGCAGAUGAGGAUCCUACACGUCAACGGCUUCAACGCGGAAGAAAAGAAACAGAAAAUCCAAGAUAUUCGGAAAAACGUGAAGGAUGCCAUAGUGACUAUAGUGUCUGCGAUGAGCACUUUAAUACCCCCUGUCCCGCUAGCCAACCCAGAGGACCAAUUCAGAAUCGAAUACAUCAAAAGCAUAGCACCUCUCUCUGACUUUGACUAUUCACAGGAGUUCUUUGAUCACGCAAAGAAGCUGUGGGAUGACGAAGGAGUGAAGGCCUGCUUUGAGAGGUCCAAUGAGUACCAGCUCAUCGACUGCGCACAAUAUUUCCUGGACAGAAUCGACUCUGUAAGACAGAGCGACUACACACCAACGGACCAGGACCUGUUACGCUGCAGAGUGUUAACUUCAGGGAUUUUUGAAACGAGGUUCCAAGUAGACAAAGUGAACUUUCACAUGUUCGAUGUUGGGGGCCAGAGAGAUGAGAGGAGGAAAUGGAUCCAGUGCUUUAACGACGUCACUGCUAUCAUCUUCGUGGUGGCCAGCAGCAGCUACAACAUGGUAAUAAGGGAAGACAAUAACACCAACAGGCUACGGGAAGCCCUGGACCUCUUCCGCAGUAUUUGGAACAACAGAUGGUUACGCACUAUAUCGGUCAUAUUAUUCCUGAACAAGCAGGACAUGCUGGCUGAGAAAGUAUUAGCUGGAAAAUCCAAAAUUGAAGACUACUUCCCUGAAUAUGCUCGCUACACCAUACCAAAUGAAGCAACUCCUGAACCUGGUGAGGACCCGAGAGUGACGAGAGCAAAGUUCUUCAUCCGAGACGAGUUUCUUCGGAUCAGCACUGCGAGCGGCGAUGGCAGACACUACUGCUACCCCCACUUCACCUGUGCCGUGGACACAGAGAACAUCCGGCGGGUGUUCAACGACUGCCGGGACAUCAUCCAGAGAAUGCACCUGCGGCAGUACGAACUCUUGUGAUGGGAGACCGCCUCCGUCAGCCUUCUGUGUUUUUCUCCACCAUUGUGCAUCCUUGACGAACCUUUCCUCCUCCUCCUCCUGCUCCUCCUCCUCCUCCUCCUCCUCACCCUGAACCUUCACCCUUCCUCCACCCCCAAAGAAACCCUCAACACCCCCCCCUGACCACCCCUCUUGUCGAGGACUCUGAAGUACUACUGAAGUGUGUCAAAUACUCUUCCUCUUCUUAACUUCUUAGCUUUUUGUACUUCUUCUUUUUUUUUGUUUUGUUUUUCUCUGGGACUGAUUUCUCCCCAUUUCACCGAUGUAAAAGGAAGGUUGGGGAACAAAGUUGUUGUGUGCCGCUUCUUUUUCUUUCUUUUUCUUUUACUUGUUCCUUUUAAAUGCCUUGAUUUUUUGUCAUUCCACUAAGCCUUGGGCUACCUCCUUUUUUUUUUUGUUUGUUUCUUUCUCCCCCCUUCGUGUUCUUCUGUUUUUUUGGCUUUGUCAUUGAACCUGGACUGGUGGGUGUGGAAACAUAAAACACACCUACAGGACCUCAGUGUAGAGGCAGUGUGUGUUAAUGUGUGUGUGUGUGUGAUGAAGAGUAGGAGGAAUGCCAUGUGAGUGAGCGCAUGUACGUGUGUUUAUGUUCGUGUGUCACCUGCUGGAUAAAGCCGGCAUCACCACCAUGACCUUUGCCCCCGUUUCAUUUUUUUUAUUUCUUUUACCCCGUCGUCCCCUCCGACCUGCGUCUUCUCUCCGCGUGGAAAUCGACUGGACGCCGGCGAAACCUGGAGCGGACGAGGGGAGGGCGGCGGGGGCAGAGUGGAUGAAGAGAUAAAUGCACUUUGCAUCAGGUUCCUUAAUAACUUUUUGUUUUUGUUUUUGUUCUUGUUGUUGUUGUUUUUUCUCCAGAGGAAGCAUACACACAAUGUAGCAUCACAAUAUUUAUUACCCUGUCACGAUGUUAGCUUGCCGAGCUGCAGGGUGGACCGAGCGGCCGAGAGACACGUGGAGCGAGAGAUUAAUACGACAGAAAUAUACGACAGCGGCGACGCAACGAAGGAUUUCAAUGAAGGAAAAGGGGACUGAGCUCUGUGCACCUUAGCCCUGCUGCCUCCACGGACUCGGACCUGCCUCCUUUUUCCACACAAACCAUCCUUUUAGCUUAGAGAUACUGAUGGGAGGGGAGGGCGGGGGGGGACGGGAGAGAUAAAAUGUAUUGUUUUUUCUUUUCAUUUCUUUCUUUGGUUUUGUUUUUUGUUAACUUGUACACUGUGCAAGGUUGAAUUAUCCUGUACAGACUGUAAAAUGUAAUAUUAUUUUGUACAACUUAAUUGAAAGAAAAACAAAUCUACUUGUAGAUCUUUGUGCCUUGAUUAUGGCUGUACCUGUAAAUGAGCUCAGAUGUAAGUAUGUUUUCGACUGCGCUGUACAGCUUGAUGUCAAACUCUAUCGGCAGCGGAAGACUGCGGGUAGGGGACUUUCUCUGUAGAGUUUAGUUUUUUCUGGUUUAUAAAAAAAGGAAAUGCUGUUUAGUAAAAAAUAAAAAAUAGGGAAAAAAUCCUAAAAACCUGUAUACAUUAUGCAAAUUAACCACUUACCUGCAGUGAAGACCAGAUGUUGCAGCGCCAUGCCUUUUCUUUGUUUCUCUUUUCUUUUUAUUGAUUUUUCUUUUAUCCUCCUUUUUCUUUUUGUUUUAUUUUAAAUUCUUUGGUUGUUAUUUUUUUUGUUGAUUUUUUUGAAUUUCACAGCUUUAAACAAACAUUGGAAAUCCAUUGAAAGUGUCCAAAUUGCAACCUGGUGUUGUUUUAAUAGGAACCAACGUUUUUUCGAUAUGAAGUGUGUCUGAGAUCUGUACUGAUGUGCGUGCCUGUGCGCAUGUGUACAUAAAACAAACAUAGACUCACAGACGCAUUGUGUGUAUGCGUGUGUGUGCGCGUGUGUAUGCGAGGGCGAGUGUGCGUUGUGUGUAAAAUUUUAUAAAUGUAUGUACAUGUAAAUUUAUAGGUCUAUAUAAAUAUAUAUGUACAAUUAUACAUGUUUAAUUAUGUGUGUGCCUAGGUGUACAUACCUAUGUAUGUAUACGGUAAAUAUGUAUACAUACACACAUAGGAAAGCAUGUUUAGAAUGGAGAUGAAUAAAUGAGAGCGUGCAAUAUUAGUAAUUCUUUGGUCCUUUGGAGCCAUACCCGAUGGCACAGGCACUAUGAAUGUGUGAGCAGCACCCAACAAGACAAGCUCUUCUCCUUGUACAAACAGCAUCAGCCUUUUCUUCUGCUACAGUACACGUCUAUCCCCAAACGAGAGUGAACUGACUGGAGGUGCAAAAACCUUUGUUUGGCCUGGGAGGAUGAUUAAAUGACAUUUUUAUUUUCUUUAAAUAAAGAGGCACAUUAGA